GCACAGUGAGCGCAGGAAGGAGGCAGGGCUGCCUGUCUGACCAUCGCAAUUUGCUGAAUCACACAAACUCUUCCGCAUCGUCAAAACUUUGAAGACACAUCGUAGUGGAUUUCGGUCCGUGCAUACACAACGCGACAGUUCCCCGCGGUCAGACAGAGAAGCUGCCCCCUUCCGCGCAACUCUUCAUGGCGAAAAGACCUUUCUUUUUCACUUCUGCCUUCUGUCACCUACGGGACCACCGCUCGCGAGACUCAAGCCUUUAAAAGUUUGCCUUUCAUGUGAAUGUACAGGACUCGUCUGAGAAAUGAAGCUCAGCAGGCAGUUCACCGUUUGUGGCAGUGCCAUAUUCUGUGUUGUGGUAUUUUCCUUGUACCUGAUGUUGGAUCACAUAGAUCACAGCAAAAACCCGAAUGGAGAGAGAAUUCAAAACGGCCAGCUUGGUAUUCUGCAGGACAAAAUAGACCACUUAGAAAGACUACUUGCAGAGAACAAUGAGAUCAUUGCCAACAUCAGGGACUCUGUAAUUAACCUGAGGGAAACUGUGAAAGAUGGGAAAAUGUUUCCUGAAGGGAACAUGAGUCAGGGGAACGUGGAAUUGCUGCCCCCUGCUCCUGCGCUGCUCCCCAUCCACUCAGAGGACUGCCAGUUUGCAGCACAGACGUACUCCAAGGCAGCAGAUGGAGUACAGGUCAUCUUGCAAGUCUUUGGCUGGCUGAAGACAUUCGAUGACUACUAUCGAGACCAGACGCAACACAUUCUCAACAACAUGGUGGUGAAAUUACACGAAGACAGUCGGCGAAAAAUUAUCUGGUCUGAGAUCUCGUAUUUUUCAAAAUGGUGGGACAGCAUCGAUGAGCAGAAACGAGAUGCUGUCAGGAGGCUGAUAGAGAGCGGUCAGCUCGAGGUGGCUACAGGAGGCUGGGUGAUGCCUGACGAAGCCAACUCUCACUACUUUGCAAUGAUAGAUCAGUUAGUUGAAGGUCACCAGUGGUUGGAGAUAAAUUUGGGAGUGAAACCCAAGACUGGCUGGGCUGUGGAUCCGUUCGGUCACUCUCCUACCCAAGCUUACCUGCUCAGACAAGCCGGUCUAUCUAACAUGCUGAUCCAGAGAGUGCACUACUCAGUGAAGAAACACUUUGCUUCUCAGAAGACCCUGGAGUUCUUCUGGAGACAGAACUGGGAUCGGGACUCGAGUUCAGACAUUUUGUGUCACAUGAUGCCAUUCUACAGCUACGAUGUUCCCCAUACAUGUGGUCCUGACCCAAAAAUCUGCUGCCAGUUUGACUUUAAAAGGCUGCCGGGAGGAAGAAUCAGCUGUCCGUGGAGAAUUCCUCCUCAGGCUAUCACAGAUAACAACAUACAGGAGAGAGUUCAGACGCUGCUGGACCAGUACAGGAAGAAAUCCAAACUUUUUCGGACCAAUGUGCUGCUGGCUCCACUUGGAGAUGAUUUCCGUUACACUGAAGCUGUCGAAUGGGACCAACAGUUUGAAAACUACCAGAAACUCUUCGACUACAUGAAUUCUCACCCUGAGCUUCGUGUCCAGGCCCAAUUUGGAACUAUUUCAGAUUAUUUCGAGGCCUUGCGUAAAAGCACUGGCAUGGAUCCGGUUGGCAUGAAUGUUGGGCAGUUGGCUUUGCCUGUGCUAAGUGGAGACUUUUUCACUUACGCGGAUCGAGACGACCACUACUGGAGCGGAUACUUCACCUCACGGCCGUUCUAUAAACGCCUGGACAGAGUGCUGGAAUCACACCUCCGGGCAGCUGAGGUCCUCUACUCUCUGACCUUGGCCAACAUUCAGAAGUACGGCCAGCCCAGUGAUUACCCUGCAGUGGAUAAUUACAAGUUACUGACAGAAGCCAGACGCAAUCUAGGUCUCUUCCAGCAUCAUGAUGCCAUCGCGGGCACGGGCAAAGACUGGGUGGUUGUGGACUAUGGAACAAGGUUGUUUCACUCUAUUCUGAAUGUGAAGCGAGUGAUUGUGAGCUCAGCUCACUGGUUGGUGCUCAAGGACAAACCAGCAUACUACCAUGAUCCUUCAAAUCCCUUUCUUCAAAUGGAUGACGUUCAGCCAUCCCAAGAUGCCUUACCUCGCAAAACUAUUCUUGAAGUUGGUGAAAAACCAAGGUUGUUGGUGGUUUACAACCCCACAGAGCAAGCCAGGACAUCCAUGGUUACAGUAUAUGUGGCUACUCCUAAAGUGCGUGUGCUUAAUGCUCUUGGUCAUGUGGUCCGUGCUCAAGUCAGUGCAGUGUGGAAUGAUGCCAGUCAUGCUGCUACCGACGUCUUUCAGUUGUCGUUUGUGGCUCAAGCUGCUCCUCUGGGUCUGAGCGUGUAUCAGCUAAUGGAAGGAAUGGAGCCAAGGACAGAAGCUGCUAAGUACAUGUUUCUUCAAGAUGGCGGGCAGAUUUCAGUCAGUAAACUGGAGCAUUUCCCACAGUUCUACCAGCAAGAUGCGGCUCCUGUGCACAUUGAAAACCCUCACCUGAAACUCUCCAUCUCUACAGCUACAGGUCUUUUAGAGAAAAUGAGGUUGAAGGAGGAUGACUCGGAGUUUCUGGUCAAGGUGGAGUUUGUUUGGUACGGCACCACCAGCAAUAAAGACAAGAGCGGCGCCUACCUGUUCCUGCCUGACAAAGAAGCAACAAUUUAUUCUCCCUCUCAGCCGCCGGUGGUACGAGUCACUAAAGGACCGCUGUUUUCUGAAGUCACCACUACCUUCACACAAAUCACACACACUCUUCGGCUCUACAACAUCCACGGUGUAGAGGGUCAGUCUGUUGAGCUCUGUAACACCGUAGAUAUAAGAGGCGAAAUCAACCGUGAAAUUGCAAUUAGGAUAACCUCAGAUCUGAACAGCAAAGAUCGAUUCUUUACUGACCUCAAUGGCUACCAGGUGCAGCCGAGGAAAACCAUGGCUAAGCUCCCCCUUCAGGCAAACUUCUACCCCAUGACCAGCAUGGUCUACCUGCAGGACUCGAGCGCCAGACUCUCUCUACUCACUGCACAGUCACUCGGAGCAGCCAGCCUCAAGAGCGGUCAGCUGGAGGUGAUUAUGGACCGCAGGCUCAAUCAGGAUGAUAAUCGAGGUUUAGGUCAGGGAGUGCUGGACAAUAAGAUCACUGCCAACUCCUUCCGCCUACUACUGGAGAAGAGGAGCUCUGCGGAGGAGGCCCAGAGUGAGGAGACCGCACCAAACAGCUAUCCAUCUAUAUUGAGUCACAUGUCGUACAUGUACCUGAACCAUCCCCUCAUCUCAAUGGCAGUCAGUCAGCGCUCGGACACCCCAUCCUUGAUUCCCUACAUCCCUCUGAGCGCCUCCUUCCCCUGCGACUUGCAUCUGGUCAACCUGCGUGCUAUCCAGUCUAAGGAGGAAGGGGGAGGUCCAUCCGAGCAAGCUGCUUUGAUACUGCACAGAAAAGGCUUUGACUGUGGCUUCUCCAAUCGGAACACUGGCCUACUGUGUUUCACCACACGUGGCAAGAUUCGUUUAGAGAAGCUCCUGACAGAUCUGAAGGUGAAAAGCAUCACUCCUGUAUCGCUGUCUCUGAUGCACACACACAAUAGUGAUGCCGACCCGCAAGAGAUCAGCCUUAAACCCAUGGAAAUCAGGACUUACCGCCUGCAGCUGAGCUGAGCUGCAGUCACAUCGGCUCUCGUUCUCCAUGUUUUACACUCGAGAGCCGUGAUGUUGUUGGCCUCAGCUAAGGACCCAGUAAGCGAUUGUCAACAGAAACCU